AUGUCGGGCAUUUGCAGGAACCGACUUGCAGAGGAGCGCAAGCAGUGGCGCAAAGACCACCCAUUCGGCUUCUUCGCACGUCCAGCAAAAGCAGCAGAUGGAUCGCUCGAUCUCAUGAACUGGGAAGUCGGCAUUCCAGGCAAAGCAAACACGCCAUGGGAGGGCGGCGUGUACAAGCUCAAGAUGCUCUUCCCCGAAGAAUACCCCAGCAAGCCGCCCAAGUGCAAGUUCACACCCCCGCUCUUCCACCCCAACGUCUUCCCCUCCGGCACCGUCUGCCUUAGCAUCCUCGACGAAGACAAGGGCUGGAAGCCCGCCAUCACCAUCAAGCAGAUCCUUUUGGGUAUUCAGGAUCUGCUCAACGACCCCAACCCGCACGAUCCGGCGCAGAGCGAGGCGUUCACCAUGUUCCAGAAGGACGCCCAGGCGUACGAGAGGCGCGUCAGGCAGCAGGCUCGCGAGAUGGCCACCACAGUCUAA